AUGCAGCUCGUCAGCGUGAGUCUGCCAGAUCUCUCUCUUGUCAGCAACGAGCAGCAGCUGGAUUUCGCACUUGGGGGCACGCUGCAACUGCGGUUUCCGGAUGGCCUGGACGUCCCAAGAACAAGUAGCGACUUGUUGAAGCUGGUUACGGAGAAGCAUUUGUGGAUUACACGAACCGGAUCUUGCUAUCUUCGACUUGAUGUCUCGAUUCAAGGCAAACCUGUGUUGGAGAGGAAUCAUAUUGCAAAGCUUGUAGAGUGGGUCUGGAGCCGAGCGGGAAUAUGCCUGCAUCUCCAGGAAAGAGAUGCGGUCGAAUCUCCAGGGACGAUAUCGUUUUCCAUACAGCAUCCGGAUCUAUCAUCUACACUGAUUACUCAGAGAGAUGCUUUCACAGCAGAGUUUGAGUCUGUGAAUUGCCAUAUCAAUCUUUCUCCGAAUAAAGAUGAGAAAUCCUUGGGGAAACGCUCAUUAAAAAGGAAACGGACAAAACAAGCCGAUGAAUGUGUUGAAACUCAGCAGUCAGAUGAUGUGUUUGCAGAUGAUGAGUAUCUUGUGGAUUUGACACCGGAUGAUCAGAGGGCAAUCGAUGCUUUUAUACAAAGCUUGAAUAUGAUACCCAUUCAACAGGGACGCAGCGAAUCUACCCCAAGGUCAGGUCCGAGGUGUUUAACCAGUGGAAGACUUGAAUUCUCAGAGAGUUUCAAGCAACUAUUUGAGGUUGCUUUGGAGAUACUUGUUCUCGGAUCACGCAAGCAGUACAGAGGAAUUACUACAAGUGAUCGUACUCAUGCGGAGUGUCUGAUGCGGUUGGCGCCCGCAGUGUUUAACAGGCCAUACCUCAAGACUAUAUCUGAUAGGGCCUCUCUACUUCCCAUCAUAGCCACCUCACUUGCACGAAUGAAGAAUGCCGAAUCUCCAAGUCUUCGGCAAAAGGCUGCUUCAUUUGUAGCUCAGGUGGCUGACGUGGGAUGUGACUAUAAUGACCGUAUUAUAAGAGGAAUUGAGAAAAGCACGUGGGAUGUCUUGCUAUCGACAGUCAAGAUACCAAAAUUACCAGGAAAAGGAGGUCACGAUGUUCAGAGAUUGGCGUCGAAUGGAGAGCCCGAUUCAGGAAGUGGAUUUUGUGAGCACAGCACUCCAUUACUAGUCGUGGAGAAAGAAGAGAGGGAAGGCAUAGGAUCGAUUACGACACCGACGAGUAUGCACAGCAAGAUAGAUGACCAUAAGGCGAAGCAAACGCUUCUGCCACAACACAACCCCAUAUUCUUCGAAACUCAACAAACCAGUCUACCGGAGGUACAGGCAAGCAGCGCCUCACUUUUACCAGGAUCACCUAUUUGCUACACCCAAGCGGAGUCGAGUUAUACAUUCAACUCAUUUGGAAUGGAUGGUAAGGCGCUCAUGGGCGAAGGGAAGUAUGAGCAUCCCUUUACAGCAGACGCUGUUAUGUGGAAUCACGAUCCGUGGCCGAUGGAUGUAGGAUCUUUAACAUUUGAUGAAUGGCUAUGCCCGAGCGAAUCUACAGCAGAAUGUUGGGGGAUUUAA